AUGGAAACAUAUUACGAUGGAUUCUGUAGCGGCUUUGAUCUUUCUGGGAGCAUUCAUUCUUCACUAACAACUAGCGAGGAUAUUCUCUAUUAUGAUGUUCAUCAAAUGGGUCUAGUAGAUGACAUGCAAUAUGAGUUUCCUCCUCUUCAUGAUAUUUCUCAAUAUACCCAGAAUUUGAAUUCGUCUGAAGACUUGCUCACAGUAGAGUCAGUUAAUUCUCGGUCUAAUCCUCAACAUUCUGGCCAUGCACAGAGCGCCUUCAUCACAUACAGAAAAUCCAGUUCAGACGGUGAUAGGGGUUCAUUUAAAACUGGCCAGACUCUGCACAAGAGAUGUUUCGCCCUUCUCAACAAAAUCCAUGACAAGAGAAAAUUAGCGAGGCAGAUAUCAAGCUCAAGUGCUCCUCCUCAAGCUCAAGUGCUCCAUAAGAAGAAGAAAAGAUCGGCGGCUGAGCAUAUGAUAGCCGAGCGGGGAAGAAGAAUCAGAUCUAAACAGCAUUUCUCAAAUCUUCAGUCUCUUCUACCUAUAAGUCUUAAGAAUAAUAGGAAUGCCAGUAGGAAUUUCAUCCUGGCAAGUAUUACAAGCUACUUAAAGGAGUUAAAGCUGCGGGUUGCUCAGCUCGAGCAACAGAACCAAAUUUCACAGGCAUCGAUGCCCACAAACAUCUCAGUUGAGUCACACGAGCAAUCAUUCAAUCCAGAGAGCACAGUUAUUUAUCGUAGCAAUGAAGUCACUUUGGAGCAGUGUAAAGAGAAUCCCUGCUUAGUAAAUAUAAAAACAACUAUGCAAAGUGAUCAGCUUGCAUGCCCAACUAGUGUGCUUAUGAAGCAACUAGAGCAGUUGAGAAGAGAGGAAGUGGAGAUCCAUUCUAUCCAUUCAAAUACAGAGCCAUUUCAGUUUCGUUCUAACAUUCUCGUAACUCCAAAGGAGCAGACUUGGAAUAUUUACAUGUGGCAAAAUUUGGGAAACAAAGUUAGAGAGACUCUCUUUUGA